GAAACUGAGGAGAGGUUCCUUGGAGGAACCGAAGUCUGGAUAACGUUGUCUGUACCAUAUUUCACUCUCUACUCUGUUCUGUACUUUGGAUUUUGCAUUAUCACUACCGAAACAGUGCGUGACCAACUCACAGCACAUGCUUUAAUAUCUAAUGGCUUCUCCUUUACCUCUUUAUCAGCCAACACAACGCUUCUUCUCCAACACCCAGUUCAAAGGUUCGCACCGUGUCUGCUUUUGCCGACCCACUUACUCAUUUGGCUCUCAUGCUAUUGCUGAAAACAAAGCACGACCUAUUAUUAAAGCCUCGGUUGAUGCACCCCAAUUUCCCUUGUUUCAGCCUCCAAAAGUUGAAGAGUCAUCAUCAUCUGAGUUGGAGCCUGCAGAUCCUGAUUUCUACAAGAUAGGUUAUGUCCGAAGAAUGCGAGCUUAUGGAGUUGAGUUUAAGGAAGGGCCAGAUGGUUUUGGUGUGUAUGCUUCCAAAGAUGUAGAACCUCUUAAGCGAGCUAGGGUUAUAAUGGAAAUACCUCUUGAAUUGAUGUUGACCAUAAGCAAGAGGCUCCCGUGGAUGUUUUUCCCUGAUAUAAUUCCCAUAGGUCAUCCAAUAUUUGAUAUUAUCAACUCGACAAAUCCGGAGACAGAUUGGGACUUAAGGUUAGCAUGCCUUCUCUUAUUUUCAUUUGACUGCGACGACAACUUUUGGCAGUUGUAUGGUGAUUUCUUACCAAGCGCAGAUGAGUGUUCUAGCUUACUUCUAGCUAAAGAGGAGGAACUUUUGGAGCUGCAGGAUCCCAGUCUUGCUUCUACUAUGAGAAACCAGCAACAACGAGCCUUAGAAUUUUGGGAGAAUAACUGGCACAGUGAUGCACCCCUUAAAAUAAAGCGUCUUGCUCGUGAUCCUCAAAGGUUCAUUUGGGCUGUAGGUAUUGCACAAUCACGAUGUAUUAACAUGCAAAUAAGAGUUGGUGCACUAAAUCAGGAAGCAAAUAUGCUGAUUCCUUAUGCUGACAUGCUAAACCAUUCAUUUGAGCCAAAUUGUUUUUUGCAUUGGCGUUUUAAGGACCGGAUGCUUGAGGUUCUUACAAAUGCUGGGCAGCGGAUUAGAAAAGGAGAUGAGAUGACAAUUAAUUAUAUGAGUGGACAGAAGAAUGACAUGUUAAUGCAAAGAUAUGGAUUUUCAUCACCUGUGAACCCUUGGGAUGUGAUCAAUUUCUCAGGCAAUGCACGUAUUCAUUUGGAUUCUUUCUUGUCAGUCUUCAAUAUAUCUGAACUUCCUGAAGAGUAUUACCAUAACACAGGCUGUCUAUCAAACACUGGAGAUACUUUUGUAGAUGGAGCAGUCAUAGCUGCGGCACGAACCUUGCCAACUUGGUCAGAUGGGGAUGUACCUCCAAUCCCUAGUGUGGAAAGAAAGGCUGUGAAAGAGUUAAAAGGAGAAUGCCAACAGAUGCUUGCAGAAUUUGCUACAACCUCUAAGCAAGACCAGAAAGCGCUGGAUUCCAUGCCAGAAGCUACGAGGACACUUGAAGCUGCAAUAAAGUAUAGAUUGCACCGGAAAUUGUUCAUUGAAAAAGUUAUCCAAGCAUUGGAGAUUUAUCAAGAGAAAAUACUGUUCUGAUCCCAAUCUACUAACUGUAUAGUAGCCAAGAAAAUUUUGUAACACUACUGUAUACGUGUAUCAUUAAAAAUAAUGCUUUUAUCCAUGUAUUGUUUGAUUCGAUUAUAUUCAUUUUGUCGUGUUUUAUUUUUUAUUUUUUAUUGAUCAAGCUCAACAGAGAGCUUAGAGUAGUGGUAAAACUGUUUUUACG